AUGUGGUUUUGUGAACGUCAAAUAGAACAUGAUUUCAAGUUUUUGCAUUUCAAUCAGACAUUCUUUGCAACUGAGGUGCUUACAACAUAUCCUAUCAAGCUCGAGGAACGGAUGAAAUGCAAUGCUGAUGCGAAAGCACCACCAAAGCUAAUUCUUUCUUGGAACGCUGGAUUUUCGCAGGAAAAUCUGGGCGGAUGUCCUGAUUGGAACUGCAAAUUAAUAGAUGACGAAGACAGGAUCGGGGAAGCCGAUGCGGUCCUAUUUUCGAACGAAAUAUCCGACAACGUACAACGCAAGCCCGACCAAUAUUUCAUAUACUACAGCCAGAAAUAUUUUCCUAUCGAUAUCUAUGGUGCUUGCGGUGAGUUGAAAUGCCCACGAAGAGGAAACUGCAUAAAUGACUUGAAUGAAGAGUAUCACUUCUACAUCGCUUUUAAGAAUUUAAUUUGCAAGGACUAUGUCACAGAGAAAUUAUGGAAUCAGGGUUAUCAAUAUGAUAUUGUGCCUAUCGUGCUUAAGAGAACCCUUGUAGAGAAACUCGCACCUCCAAACUCAUUUAUCGCUGCUGACGAUUUCAAUACUACAAAAGAUCUUGCUGAUUACCUGCAUUAUCUCAUGAGGAACAAAUCUGCCUAUGCGUGA